GUUCGCGCUAGGGAAAGUCAAAAAGGACGUGGAAGGCAUGUAAAGCAACCCAAGUCCUCGACAUCACAUCAAUCAUCACCGCACUUUACAUUAGAACCGCUUUUUGAUGAACCAGAUUCAGAAGAUCUUAAUCGUUAGCCAGGGUGCUCCAGCUUGUGGCAAACGAAUGACGUUCAACAUCUCCACACAUCAACUCAGAGUAUGGUUGUCAAGUUGGAUCCAUCGAGAUGUUCAGUGUUGAUUGUAGGCGGUGGAACAUGCACCGCUCUCCAUCUCGCUCGUAGAGGCUAUCUAUCUGUCACAGUCCUCGAUCCAUAUGAUGUCCCCUCCCCGAUAGCCGCGGGCAACGACAUCAACAAGAUUGUAGAAGAAGGCAGCCACGUAAAAGAUGAAGACGAUGAUGCGUGGGCUAGCGAAGAAGUCCGCGUCCAAGCCAUCGAUGCUUGGAAGAAGGAUCCCGUCUUCAAGGAGUUCUAUCACGAAACGGGAUAUGUCAUCGCUGCCAGCACGCCGGAAGUGGUAGAGCGACUGCGAGAAGGCGAGCGGCCGACUCGCGAGCGCGGUUUUGUGGAGCUGAAUACUGCCGAAGACUUUCGAUCGACGAUGCCGGAGGGAGUACUGACUGGUGACUUUCCGAACUGGCGAGGAUGGUAUAAUCCUACUGGCUCGGGCUGGGUACAUGCGAGGAAGGCGCUCGUAGCUGCGACGGAGGAAGCUCAGCGGUUGGGUGCAAGAUUCACCUGCGGAAGUCCACACGGACACGCCGUCGAAUUGACCAUAGGGGAAGAUGGCACCGUGCAGGGUGUCAAAACUGCGGAUGGUCUGCAACACUUUGCAGAUCGCACAAUCCUGUGUGCAGGGGCUAGCGCGUCCCAACUGAUUGAUAUGGAGGAUCAACUACGACCGACCGCCUGGACCUUGGCCCACAUCAAAAUGACGGCCGAAGAAGCCAUAUUGUAUCGAAAUCUGCCCGUGCUGUUCAACGUGGAGCGCGGCUUCUUCAUGGAGCCGGAUGCAGACAACCACGAGAUGAAGAUAUGCGACGAGCAUCCAGGAUAUUGCAACUUCAUCAAGGAUACCAAAACUGGCCGAGUAGCCUCCGUACCUUUUGCCCGGCAACAAAUCCCAAGAGUCUCCGAGGAUGGAGUGAGAGCCUUCCUCCGCGAAACAAUGCCACAUCUUGCCGAACGCCCGUUCAGCUUUGCACGAAUCUGCUGGUGCGCCGACACCCCAAACCGAGCCUUCUUGAUCUCCACUCAUCCAGAGCUAUCGAACCUGAUCUUGGGGGUUGGCGGCAGUGGACAUGGCUUCAUGCAAAUCCCGGUCAUUGGCAAUUUCAUCGCGGAUUGCAUGGAGGGCGCGCUGGAUGCGAGGAUGGUGAGGAGCUGGCGAUGGCGGCCAGAGACCGCACGCAAUCGAGAUUGGCGAGAUACACAAGGAAGAUACGGCGGGAAGAAUGUGGUAAUGGAUUUCCAAGACGUCAAAGAGAGCGAGUGGACCAACAUUCCAUACGAAUAAUGCAUAUG